AUGUGUGCUAUUUCUAAUAGGUUUAAAUCGUUCUAUGAAUUGACACCUGAAAAAUUUCAAAAUAAAACAAAUGGUAUAACACCCCGACGAUGGUUAGUUCUUAGUAAUCAAAAUCUGUCGAAUGCCAUUACAGAAAAAAUCAGUGAAGGUUGGAUAACUAAUCUUGAUGAAUUAAAAAAGCUUAAAGACUUGAUUAAUAAUGAAGCAUUUGUUAAAAAUAUUCAACGUGUUAAACAGGAAAAUAAAGAACGUUUAGCUGAUUGGCUAACUAAAGCAUAUCAUAUUCAAAUAAAUCCCCAAUCAAUAUUUGAUAUGCAAGUAAAACGUAUUCACGAAUAUAAACGACAAUUAUUAAAUGUUUUACACAUAAUUACAAUGUAUAAUCGUAUUAUAAAAAAUCCAAAUGAGAAUUAUGUACCUCGUACAGUGAUGAUCGGUGGAAAAGCUGCACCUGGAUAUCAUAUGGCUAAAAAAAUAAUUAAAUUAGUCAAUAGUGUUGGAAAAAUAGUUAACAAUGAUCCAGUUGUUUCUGAUCGAUUAAAAGUAAUAUUUCUUGAAAAUUAUCGUGUUACAUUGGCGGAACAAAUUAUACCAGCUGCUGAUUUAUCCGAACAAAUUUCAUUAGCUGGAAUGGAAGCAAGUGGAACAUCUAAUAUGAAAUUUAUGUUAAAUGGAGCGUUAACAAUUUGUACAUUAGAUGGUGCUAAUGUUGAAAUGGCUGAAGAAGUGGGAAAUGAUAAUAUUUUCAUAUUUGGUAUGACAGUUGAUGAUGUCGAAAAGCGAAGACGUGAAGGUUAUCAUGCUCGUGAUAUUUAUGAAAAAAAUGCUGAAUUAAAACAAGCAAUUGACCAAAUUCAAAAUGGCUUUUUUUCACCGGAAAAUCCAGCAUUAUUUCAAGAUAUUGUCGAUAGUUUCCUAAGAAAUGAUGGAGAUCAUUAUAUGUUAUUGGCCGAUUACGAAGAGUACAUUAAAUGUCAAGAACGAGUGAAUGAGCUAUAUAGGGAUCAAACUGCUUGGACCAGAAAAUGCAUUUUAAAUAUUGCUGCAUCAGGAAAAUUUUCUAGCGAUCGUACAAUAGCAGAUUAUGCCCGAGAAAUAUGGAAUGUUGAACCAACGUUACAGGCACUGCCAAAUCCUCAUGAAGGUAGACCAGGUACACAACAUGAAGGUGAAAAUAUUAAUAUUCAAAAUGAAAAACAGAAACAAUCUCAAUAA